GAACGUGGGCGUUGACACACUUUCCAGUCGCUGGGGUCUGGGGCGUCCCGGGCGACAGCUUUAUAGGACGUAAGUGAAAGGGGACGUGGGUGUGAACUAUAGCCUUGUCUCGGAGGAGGACAAUAAAGUUUGAGAAGUUUGAAGAGGGGAGAGAAAGUGAACGCCCCUUUGGCUGAGGGGUGUGGCCGGAGCUCGGCGAGGAGACCGAAGGCGGGUGCAUGACAUGGGGGUCACCGUGGACGUGCACCAGGUGUUCCAGUACCCCUUCGAGCAGGUGGUCGCUUGCUUCCUCCGAAAGUAUCCGAACCCCAUGGAUAAAAAUGUCAUCUCUGUAAAAACUGUGGAAGAAAAGAAAGAUGAAUCAACAGGACUCAUCUAUAGAAAGAGGAUUGCUAUCUGUCAGAAUGUGGUUCCAGAAGUUUUAAGAAAGGCCUUAAGCACUCUGCUGAUUCUGUGUUGGACGGAGGUGAGUAUUUUAAAGGUACCUGAUAUCCAACUAGAAGAAGAGUCAUGGCUCAGUCUUCAGAAAAGGAACAUGGCUAUCCGGAGUCACUGCCUCACGUGGACACAGUAUGCAUCCAUGAGGGAAGAGUCAGUUUUCCGGGAAAGUGUGGAGAAUCCAAAUUGGACAGAGUUCAUUCAAACAGGCAGAAUUUCAAUCACAGGGGCUGGAUUUCUCAACUGCAUUUUGGAAACUUUUGCUAGUACGUUCUUAAGACAAGGAGCCCAAAAGGGAAUUAGAAUAAUGGAGAUGCUGCUGAAGGAACAGUGUGGUUCCCCCUUAGUGGAAUAAAAAAUCAUCAGGAAGCUGCCACUGUGUCUACUCUUCCUUGAGACUUACUUCUUGGCCACAACAUCAUAGGCACACUUACCGGAUGCUGGUUCCAGGACAGAGUCAGUGGCUUAGAGAAGAGGGGACCUUCCUGCUAGAGUACAGACUUGUCACUCCCCUUUGGGGCCUGCUUCAAAUCAUGGGACUCACAGAGAUGAGACUUUGCAGCUGGAGUUUUAUGACAUGGUCUCUUUACAAUCUCAUGAAUAAAGGGAAAAACCUAUCAGAUGACAUCUAUGCUUUUUCCAGAUGUUUUGCUGAUUCCCUGCUAUGCUGUCAGGGAAGCCAAGAGGAGGAUAAAGGCUCGGGGAAGCUCCUUGUGUGCCUAUGAUGCCAGCAUCUGUUUUCAGAGGAUCCAGAAGAGGCUUCUGGGAAUGAUAGAUAGAGGUCCAUCCUAGUACCUCUUUCCAGAGAUCUGGAAUAGAAAGUCAGUGUGCCAGACCCAUGUGCAGCUAAGCCACAAGUACACCCUGCUGAAGAAGCUUAAGUAAUAUGUAUACUAUGGUCAACUAAGCCAUGUUCAUACCAUGCUCAGCUAAGCCACGUGUGCAUGGAUUUUUGAUAUUCUCAGAAGUCAGACAGCUUUUAGGAGAUAACACAUGAACUGACUUGCUGGUCCGUGAGAACAUGGAGUUGAGAGCAUAAGGCAGGGUCUGGCUGUGGCUCCCACUAACUUGUUCUCUCCACUUCUCUUUUGACCAGAAAGUGUGAGUAGUCAGACAUAGUUCUCUCUGUAGGUUUAGCUUGGAGAGUACAGGCGUGGGGCCAGUUGGUUUGGCGUGGAUUAAACCCAGCUUCUCCUACCAUUAUUUAGUGGGCUUGCACAUCAUUUUUAAACCCCUACAAAGCGAAUUUAAAUCAAAAUUGUGCGAUGAGGUAAUGGCUUUAAAAUGAGGUUGUCUGACUGACCUGAGAUGGUAUGUAGGAAUAUUAAAUGGAUUCCAUUAUUAUGUGAAGUGAUUUUUUUUUUUUGGAGCAUUUGCUUUUCUGUGUUCUUUUUGUCUUUUACCUCUUUUGAGACAAGGUCUGGUGUAGCCUAGGCUCACCUCAAACUCUAUGUAACUGAAAAUGAACUUGAACUUUUGAUCCUCCUGCUUCUGCCUCCAGAGUGCUGGAAUUGCGGUAUGUGCUGAGGACCGGGCUCAGAGCUUUCUGCACGCUGCCAAGUGCCACACCAACGGAGCCUGCCAGCCCGGGCACCCGCUUUUUAACUGGGUUGUGUGUGGUGUUAAUAUUUAAAUUUAGAUGACAUUAGUUUGCAUGACAUGAUGAGAAGCCAAAAUGUAAAUGCGCACCAUCUAACAGGAAGCUUGAAAGGAAGUAAUAAUUUAGAACUCAUCUUAAGGUAAAAAUUAGGCCACUAUUGAAACGACGUAAGGAAAUUGUUCCCUCUUUUCUCUUUUCUUUUUUAUGAUUUGAACUUUUUUCCUGCUCAGUGCAUUGAUGAAUUCCAAAGCAAUUGUACUUUUUCAUACAAGCCUGCCACCACGAGCCUUCUCUCAUUGUGUCUGAGCCAUUCGUGCUGUUUGAGUUUUGUCUCCUGGGAUAAUUUCCCCUCCUUCCUUAGUGUUCUACUCUUCCGUUGUGUUGGAGGGAAAAUGAGUGGUAGAAGUCAGAGCAUAUUUGACCUUGGUUUCCAGCUUGUAAAUGGCGUUUGGAAUAAUUUCCCUUUUCCAAAAGUAAGUGAUUUAUUAUGGAUGAGAGAGGCACGAGUUUUUUACUUGGAGGUUGACAUUGGAGUAAAUACAGUUCUCUGCACUUAAAUAGCUCACAUCCUCUCAAAGCCCGAGUUCUCUUCCUCAGCUACCCUUGAGGGUCCCUUGGGAGACUUCAUUCUAUCUCAAAGCUCAGAGUGCACCCCAGACCAAGAAAUAAGAAUCCCUGAACGUGAGACUUUGGGGAUCACUGCCUUUAAAGUUCCUCGGGUGUGCCCAAUAGGAAUCCAAGGAUAAGAGCCCCAUAUUAAAGUCUGAUUUUUUCCUUCUUUUAUUUCUUAUUUAUUUAUUUAUUUUACAUAGGGUCUCACUGCGUAGCUUAGGGUGCUCCAAUACUUGCUGUGUACUCCAGCCUGGCUUCCAACUUGGAGCAAGUGUCCUGCCCCAGCUUCUCCUUGAUUUCUUCCUUAACACAUGUGAGGCAGGAAUUUUCACUAAGAAUGUAAGGCCGGGAGAGGCUGAAGCUGUGCCAGAUUCUUUGAAAGCUGGGAUGGCUGCUGAGAAAGUGUGUGGGUCCUGACAGCUGCUGUGGUGAGUGAAGCUGCCUGAGGUUACUGCAGAGACCCUGGAGCCCAUGCUUGGCUGAAGGUGGACUUCUGUUAAGCCCAUGGCUGCUUAAUGUGGCUUUUGCACUGUUCACCUUGAUGGGGAGGGAGAAGAGGAGGAUGAGGAGGAAGAAGAGGAAGAGGAAGAGGAAGAGGAAAAAGAAAAGGGGAGGGAGGGAGGAAGGAGGAGGAGGAGAAACUUUUUAACUUUUAUGUGUCAACAACAAAUUCAGAGUGGCUUAAACUCUUCUGUUUGCAGUGGCGUUUGCCAGCCCAGCCAGUACUUUUGAGCCCAUGCUUUGAGGGUGUUAGGAUUGGCUUGACUAUCUCAGCCAGACAUCAUGGAUGCUUUUUGUACUCUAAAUAUAAGCUGCACUCUGCCUUUCUGCCAAGGCAGCUUCUAGCUGAUUCUCUUUCUUUGUUCCCAAAUCUCUUAACUUGCAUCAAAUACUCUUUCUCACCCAAUGUUGUUCCCUGCUCAGACAUCUGUUGCUUAAAGUUUGACUGGCACAUUCUAGAAAUCUUAUAGUCCUGGGUCUAGACAGAGGGCUCAGCAGUUAAGAGCAGGUAUUUCUUCUCCAGAGGCGUUUGGUUCCCAAUACCUACUUGGGGUGGCUCACAACCAUAUGUAACUCCAAUUGCAGGUGAUUCAGUGACCUCUUCUGGCUUCUGAGGGCACUGCACUCAUGUGCAUACAGUCCUCCUCCCAGUAUUAAAAAGAAAACCUUAACAACAACAAAAAAAGUAUUUAUAAAAAUAUAAAGGGCUGGGGCUGGAGAGAUGACUUGGUGGUUAAGAACACUUUCUGUCCUUCCAGAGAACCCAAGUUUGGUUCCUACCCACAUCAGGAGGCUCUUAAAUUUUUGUAUUUCCCACUCUAAGGCAUCUGAUUCCCUUUUCUGGCCUUUGAGGGUUUCCCACAUACAUGUGACAUUUAUUCACACAAAUACACAUAUAAACAUAAGUAAAAAUAACAAAAAUCCUUUAAAAAUCUGUUUAUAAUUAGGAUUCUUUUUAAUUUUUUAAAAUUAUGUAUAUUUUAUCAAAGCAUGUAUAUUGUCAUCUAAUGAGUUAGAUAAGAAAUGUCAAAGUCAGGAGUGUGGCCUUAUUGGGCACCAUAGUCACAAGAGUGGGGAAUGUUCACUCACAGGCCUGGGUAGUUUCCUGACUGCAUUGCUGAGCCUGCCGUUCAAGAUGAGGCUGUACCAUUAUGUGGAGACUUUCUAGACACCCCCAGAUACCAGUGCAGUUCAGGUUCAGCCCUUCUCCCACAGACUCUGAUUCUUGUAAUGUACAGUCUCUGGAUGUACAUUCUGAAGCAAGUUCUGUAGUACAUUUGUGGUUCUGUAACACAGACUACGUUUUGAGAGAAUCCGAUGGGGCAAGUUUUGGUCUCUAUGUCUCCUGCCUUUUAAGAAGGUUUUGCACCAGUGGAAUCCCUUGAUCAGUUUAGUCAACUGCUCAGAAUACAGUGUAAGGUCCUUGUAAGGAAGGAAGCUAGCUUGAGUGCCUUCUGGGUGACUUAAUUCUUUCACCAGGGAGGGUUCUUACCUUUUCAAGUGAAUUACUUUGUAUAGGCAAGUUCCCCCUCUUCAUUUUGUAUAUAUUUCUCACUUUUGUAAAAGGAAUUUAUUGAAGAUUCUUCAGGGCCAUCAUAUUUUUUAACUCUUUGGGGUCCUUCCCAGGUUUCUGAAAGCCCCUGUCUACCGACUGACUGCUCUUUGGAUUCUAGUUUCUUUCUUUCUUUCUUUUUUUUUUUUUUCCGGAGCUGGGGACCGAAUCCAGGGCCUUGUGCUUGCUAGGCAAGUGCUCUACCACUGAGCUAAAUCCCCAACGCCCGGAUUCUAGUUUCUUUUGAGGUGUCCUUUCCUUGCCAUUGCCUGCCACCAUUACCAUGUCGGCUUCUACUUGCCGUCCUCUCACUUUCUGUGGGCUCGUGAAGUCAUGUGACAACACAGUUUGUGUCAAGUAGCAGUGAACAGUAUCUGAUGAGGAUGUGAGAGGCCUUGCUCACAUUAAAAUGAAUGAACUUGCUGUCAUGCCCUGAGGAAUUGUUUCAGUGGCUUAACUGUCUUUGUAUUUCCUGCUUUCAGCCACAGUUCUCAGACUGUGACUUCAAGUGAGAUGCAGCUCGGGCUCAUGUCUUUUGAUGUAUAAACCCUUAUUUUCCCAGCUGUGUUUGUAUUUUCAUAUGUAUUCUCUUGAUAAUGUGAAGCCAAUAUGGAUUAAAAUCCAAAAAUCCAAAUGCAAAUGCUUUUUAUACAUAUACAACGUGUUUUAAAUUCAGUGUUACUGUGAAUUAGAGCUAUGAAAUGCCAUUCUGUAGUUACUCUGAAAUAAAGACAUUACAAUGGGUA